AUGUUCGUCGACUGCUGGCGUUAUGCACGCGAUCUCCAUGGUCGCGAUGGCGGAAGGCCCAUCAUUAACGCUCCGCGGUCUUUCUCACCAGAAGAAGCAUUUGAAACUCUGGACAACGUCUUUUUGCGAUACGUUGUUCACAGCUGCGCAAGGAUUUCAUCUCAUUGUCGACAAUCUGAAUACACUACGCUAGGCAUAAUGGUUACUGCCCAUUUACCCAGUGGUAGGGCAACCCGUCAAGUACUGUUACCCUCGAUUGAACGGUGUUUUCAUGUUUCCGUCUUUUAUAAAUUCAACUUCGUCGACGUACCGGCUUUUACGUUCGGCGACGAAUCUGGCCCCAUUGGGGAGCCAUUAUUUCCCAACUGCCAGGCCAUCAUUGCGAUCGUGCUCUUCGAACCCAUCACUAACAAGCGACUUCAACCCCUUUCCAUCACAAAUGCCGUCUACGACGACGAGGCACAAAUCAAGGGAUUUACGGAAGAACUUAGAACAUUGAUAGGUCAGCGACUGUUCGAAAUCCUCGAUGCUGAGAGUCCCGCACAAAGGAAGGCAAUCCUCGCGCCCCAGAAAGAGAAGACGCCGGAAGCCAAGGAGGAUUUUAGGUGGAGAAAGAAUUCGCCGAACUUCGAGUCUCAAGCGCGAGGAACUACAAUUCUAGCUGUUGUUCGCGAUGUUCCUGCCUAUCAACUGAGGCAGGCAGAAAGAAAACGUGUGAUUCAAGUCCAACUUUUCAAGGUGUACAUGUACGUGUCGAAGGCAUCCACGUUUAUUGAUGCGAGUAGCGAAAUUGCCUGA